CGCAAACCAGGCGCAAAACAAAACCGGCUGCGGAAAUCGCAGAAGUACACUCGAAUUUUUCGCUAAAAAUCGUGAAAUUAAACUUGUUAGGAACUAAAAUGUUGAAAGACGGCAAAUCAAAUCUACCGUGGGUGGAGAAGUACCGUCCAGCUACGCUCAACGAUUUGAUUUCCCACGAAGAAAUCAUCUCAACAAUUAACAAAUUCAUACAGGAAGAUCAACUCCCGCAUCUGCUCUUCUACGGGCCACCAGGAACCGGUAAAACCAGUACCAUUCUGGCAUGUGCCCGGCAGCUCUACAAGCCACAGUCCUUCAACCAGAUGGUGUUGGAACUGAACGCCUCGGACGAUCGAGGUAUCAACAUCGUGCGGGGGCAAAUCCUCAACUUCGCCUCAACGCGAACCAUCUUCUCCGGUGGUUAUAAGCUGAUCAUCCUCGAUGAAGCCGAUGCCAUGACCAACGAUGCGCAGAACGCUUUAAGGCGUAUCAUCGAAAAAUACACCGACAACGUGCGGUUUUGUAUUAUCUGUAACUACCUGAGCAAGAUUAUACCGGCUUUGCAAUCACGUUGCACCCGGUUCCGGUUUGCUCCGCUGGCAGCAGCGCAGAUUCUACCCCGACUGGAGCAUGUCGUUGAAGCCGAAAAUAUCAAAAUCUCCGAAGAUGGUAAGAAGGCCCUGAUGACCCUGGCCGGUGGGGAUAUGCGAAAAGUUAUAAACGUAUUGCAGAGUACUUGGAUGGCCUACAAGGACGUAACGGAGGACAACGUAUACACUUGUGUGGGCCAUCCACUGAAAAGCGACAUCACCAACAUCGUUAACUGGUUGCUGAACGUGGAAAGUUUCCGGGAAACCUUCGAGAAAAUCCAAGAGCUGAAAUCGAACAAAGGUUUGGCUCUAGAGGAUAUUCUUACGGAAAUUCACCUGUACAUCCACCGGAUGGAGCUUCCCCCGCGGGUUAUGUCCCAGCUGUUGAUCAAGAUGGCAGCCAUCGAGGAAAGGUUGGCCGCCGGUUGUGUGGAGAAACCUCAGAUGGCCGCAAUGAUAGCCGCCUUUCAGAUGGCUCGGGAUCAAGUGAUCGUUGAAGGUUGAUUGAAUGUAUCGAAGCUUCGUUUAAGGUUGAAGUAAAGACUUAUUUAAUUUUUAA